GAAGAUUCUCAUGGGUCACUUCAAUACUUGUACGUAUACUGCAUUUCACAAAGUACAAGCUGGAAAAUGCGCUCGGUGUUAGUUCUUGCCUGAUUCGUACGAGUCAAGAGAUUGGCAUCGCGAGUUUUUGAAGAGCAAGGUGACACUAAGAUUAAUGAUACCUUGCUGUUGUAGACAAGCUAGUUGUGACGGACUUGCUUCAAUGCUCGAGGAAAGCUCUCACUGAUUUCCUGAAGUACAACAUUCAGUACCACUUGUGUCCCUCUGAAUAAAAUCACCUUCCAAAUAGACAAGAUAUCAUCUUCAGCAUUGAUUACAAAAUGCCAUCCGCCGUAUCUGCUGCUCCCUUUGAUCCCACUGUUCUUGCGGAUGAGCUGGGCGAGGAUGUCGACGACUCUUUGCUUAUGGCCUCGGUCAGCGUGAUUCAUGCUUGCGAGGAGUGGUUAUCUUCUCCAGAUUGGGCCAAGUCUCUCCGUGUCGCGUACGAAAGAGAGUGCUACGGACAAGGGACCUCGGACCGCAACAUCGCAAUGCAUGUGUGGCUGGAUACUGUAAAAGCGGUACAUCACGACAUGGCAAUAUCCUCCAUACCCUCGGAAGGGAGUUUAUGGGAACCAUCUUGUCAUGUGGGUUCUUACUGAUGUCGUGUCCAAAAAAGUUAGUUUUUUCAUCUUGCAUCUUCUUCCUUCGAUAGAAAACUGCUAGCAAACUAAGGAUGAGGACCUCAGACUGUCUGACUCAGAUUCAGAUACCUCAGCAGGAUGUCAAGUAAGGCAUCGGAGGUAUUGCUUACAAAAAGCGUUUCGAGCACGACCACGAUAGCCAUCCCUACCUCUAACAACGCCAGUUCCUGGCUUCGCCGGUGUUCACCCUGCCAACCUGCAGCAGCUUCAGGCUAUGCUUCCGGAACCUGAUGACGAUUUUAUCCGGACAUGUUGUGAGAUGCUCCGCACACAGACAGCGGGAGAGGACUUCCAGUUCCCCUCGUGGCUCGAAUUACAGAAAGAAGGCAUUUCAGACUACGAUAAUUUCGUUGAGAUGACGGAAGCUGUGUUCGUGCAGAUUUAAGAUGAGCAUCUGGAAAGUUGUUCCUGAGUCAUAAUAUAAAUAUUCACUUUUACAUACCUUUUCUUCGAGAAUCAUUUCUAAGAAUUACUAUGGAUCUUUUUUGAUGAACGAUUCAAAGAUCUUUUCUAAGAAGCGGCACAUUGUGCGGAGCUGCUUGCGGCCCAGCUUUUCGGUGCGUUGGGUAAGAACAAGGGCCAGGACAUUGACGCGGCAGAGGACGCCGGUGGGCGUGGCGCGGGUUCGAUGAACAUAAUGGCUGAUCCUAUGAUUCGAUCUAGCCUGCUAAAGGCACAUGGAAGAGACCCAAGUGUUUGUGGGGUACAGACCAGAAACUCCUAAUUUCUAUUUCAGGGUUCAUCAACUACAUUCAGCACUUUUCUUGAGGAAUCACAAAUGAUCAUGUUGAAGGUUUACAUAACAUAGCGUUGUACUUGUAGACACGCACUAAGCUAAGAUAAAACUGAUUUCGACGAUGUGAAACAAAAAAAAAAUAGAAACAUGGUGUUAUGAUCAUUUGAUCUGAAAAUUGUGAGGUUUUCUCUUCGCGCUAUGAUGAGGACAACAGCCACCAGAAUGUCCUGCCUCUAAGAU